AAAACUGAGAAUGUCAAGGUAGACGGUACAGCAACAUGUCAUAAUACUCCGCGGAUUCGUUGUAUUCCAUAUAUUUACCCACAAAAUACAUGUUUUGUGCAUACGUAUGUAUCAUAGAUUCCACAUGGCUUUUAUUUUGAACGACGGAUUUCCUUCUGUUCUUUUUAACUGACUUGACAUCGCCAUUUUGUCUCAGUUUCUUCCUGAACUUUUAAGCUUUAACGACUUUCAUUGGAAUUCUUAAACCAACAUGGGUGCUUGUUUGGCAGUUAGUUCCCUUGCCAGUUGUGCGUCCUGUUUGUGCGGCUCGGCCCCCUGCCUCCUGUCAUCAUGCUGCCCGUCAACGUACAAUUCCACCAUGAGCCGGCUGGCCUUCUCCUUCCUGCUGCUGCUCGGGACUCUGGUCUCUGUCAUUAUGAUUCUCCCAGGCAUGGAGGAACAUCUUAAAAAGAUUCCAGGCUUCUGUGUUGGCGGCUCAACCAUACCUGGCAUCGAGAACAAGGUGAACUGUGACAUCAUCGUCGGCUACAAGUCAGUGUACCGCAUGUGCUUCGCCAUGGCCUGCUUCUUCUUCCUCUUCUCCGUCAUCAUGAUCCGAGUGCGCAGCAGCAAGGACCCCCGAGCCGCCAUCCAAAAUGGUUUCUGGUUCUUCAAGUUCCUGGUGCUGGUUGGCAUAACUGUGGGAGCUUUCUUCAUUCCAGAUGGCAUCUUUAAUACAGUGUGGUAUUACUUCGGCGUGAUGGGCUCUUUUAUCUUCAUCAUCAUCCAGCUCAUCCUGCUGGUGGACUUUGCCCAUACCUGGAACCAGUCCUGGUUGGAGAAGGCAGAGAAUGGGAACCCCAAGUGCUGGUUUGCAGCUCUGCUGUCCUUCACUAUCUUCAACUUUGCCUUUGCCUUCGCUGCUGUCGUGCUCUUCUAUGUGUUUUACACCCAACCUGGCGACUGCACGGAGCACAAGGUCUUCAUCAGCCUCAACUUCAUAUUCUGCAUCAUUGUGUCCGUCGUGGCCAUUCUGCCCAAAGUUCAGGAGGCUCAGCCCAGCUCAGGCCUGCUCCAGGCCUCCCUCAUCUCCCUCUACACCAUGUAUGUCACCUGGUCAGCCAUGUCCAACAACCCCAACCGGCAGUGUAACCCCAGUCUGCUGAGUUUGGUCCAGCCCAUUAGUCCAACCCCACCACCGGGACCUGCUCCUCCUACCCCAGCCCCUUCAAACGUCCAGUGGUGGGACGCACAGGGCAUCGUGGGAUUGAUCAUUUUCUUGUUCUGUACUCUUUAUGCCAGUAUCCGCUCCUCCAACAACACCCAGGUGAACAAGCUGAUGCAGACUGAGGACAGCCAGGGUCUGACCGCCGACUACGAGGCCGCGAAAGGGGAGGACGGAGUCCGACGGGCCAUGGACAACGAAGAGGAGGGAGUCACCUACAGCUACUCCUUCUUCCACUUCAGCCUCUGUCUGGCCUCCCUCUACAUCAUGAUGACCCUCACCAACUGGUACAAGCCCGACACCGACUAUCAGGUCAUGCAGAGCGCCAUGCCGGCCGUGUGGGUGAAGAUCAGCUCCAGCUGGCUCGGCUUGGCCCUCUACCUCUGGACCCUGGUGGCCCCGCUGGUGCUCCCCGACAGAGACUUCAGCUAGAAACGGUGAAGUCUGUCAGCAUGUGGCCGCUAGCCUCUUAUAUUUGCACCUUGAAGAAAGAUAGCUUUAGCUUCAAAUUGAUCUGCUUGGUUUGCUUGCAGCUCCACAUUUAAAAUUGGAAAAUGAAAUGGUAAUAUGCUUUGUUUUUGACAUGAAGCCGUUGCAUAAUUGUUACUUAAAUGUUGGUUUUUGUGGCUCAAGUUGAAAUGUGCAGGAAUGGGAUUGUUUGAGUUGCGCUUUAAUCACACAUUCCAGUUUUUCCACCUCAGGUAAUUUUUUCAGAUGUUUCCUCCACUGUCAAAAUAUUCAGAUUGAGAGCACUACAUGUCUCUACGGGACACGACCAAAUGAAACCUAAAUGAUCCCUGUGGGGUAUUGAUGUUUUGGCUUUGUUUCACUACAUUUACAUUAGUUGUUCGUACUUUUUUUUUUUUUUCUCCGCUCCCUUUAAAUCAGUUUGAGUUCAUGGAAAGGUGUCCAAAUUUUUGAUAUUUACUUUUUUCUAGUUCUGUUGCACAGCUUUGUUCUAGUGCCAUUUUAUAACAACAGUGCCUUUAUUAUAUUUUACACACAAGUUAUUCAGAGCGACCAUUUUUAUUGGUUUUUACGUAUUUUAUCUUUCACUGGUAUUUUAUUUUCUGUGAAGCACUUUGUACUUUGUUUUGAGAAGUGCUCUAUAAAUAAAGUUGAUUUCUUAUUAAUAUCUUUAAAAAAAAUUCAUUCAGUUAUCAGUAUAAAGUUGCUUGCUCAAUAUACUGUAUGUUCACUUUUCAUUAUAAUCAAUAAGUUUUUUUUGUCUUUAAUCAGAGUGUGGGACACUUCUGUCCUGUAGGUGGGGCUGUGGUCCGACUUACCGAAUUAGACUUUCUUUGUGGGAGACACGCUGGAUUUCAGAUGUAGAAUCAUUUUGGACAUAUGUGCUGUAAGAUUUCUAAACCUGUUUGAUAACCGUUUUUCGUUUUGUACUACUACUACUUUGUGAAUUGGCCCAUAUUUUUCUCCAGAUACGGCAAACACAAUGUCAUCAAGUCCGGUCAUCAAGCAGGGAUUUCCAAAUGCUUCACUGCCCGCCCGCCCGCCCGCCCUAAAUCACAUGAUCCUGUUAAAAUGGGAUUUAUUGUGUUCCUUCGAUGCAGGAUUCCCCAGUGCACACACACACACACACACACACACACUUUGCAAGUAAUGUAGAGGGAAUGUGUUUUUCCCCUAUCACAAGAUCAGCAUGAGCAGGGGGGCUGAACACAACACUUCAUUCAAGGCUUGUGUUGGGGAAGAACGGCUAAUGUCCGGCCUCUGAAGUCGAGCUUGGAUAAUAUAAUAUGUUAAACAGGACACCCUCUAUGACUUCCCCUGCAUGUUUUUCAUUCUCUUAUCUGUGCCUUUCAUAUUACAAAUAAAACCAGUUUACGUGCAUUAUGAGCCUUUACAGAACAACCGGAUUACAGUCCCUCCAGAAGCAUAGAUAAACCGACAAUAUAUGCAUCAGAUGUGGUUUAGCAGUUGUUUAUGUCAUGGUCUGAUGAAGGAAAUGCAUUCACAAUACUUCUAAUGCACCACAUAAACCAUACUGAUGGAUUAAAGUCGGGAGACUCACACAAGCAGCAGAGACUGAAAUAUCCUGAUUUUUAGUCAUUGCUAUAGGUCACACUCCAAAAACACUACGAUACUACGUUUCCCAUAAUGCAGCCAAUAACUAAUUAGACCAUCACUGCCUGAUGAAUGCAAAUGUCUUUCAAACUCUAUCAAUCACAACUCAAACUCAAUCACAUGUCCAGUUUGUGACACAGCCUUUCUCCAAGCCCAAGCCAAAGUAACCUUGAUGACAUCAUCGGGGGUUAUUUGUUCAGAUUUACUCUUUAAGAGCCUGAUCAUUAUUCAGUCUGUCAUCGUGUUCAUGUUCAUUUUCUGUUGGGGAUAUGCAAGAUUUGAUUGGCUUCAUCGAAAUAAGAAUCCAUCUACGUCGUACACGGAUACCUAACGGUAUUCUGUGCAAUUAAUGAAAACUAAGGGGGCGCCAUCAUGAAACCAAAAAAUGUAAAUUUCUCCCUUUUUUCCUUUUUCUCAAAGGAAGUGAUUUACAGACUUUAAUAAAUAAUACUUAAAGAUGUUUGCUGCUUAUUUAGUCAGAGUUAUAUAAUGCUAUAAAGAAGAUAGCUUACAUCAUAAAUACCUUUGACUUGUGAGAAGUACUUGGGUUGGUCAUAACAUAACAGAGAGUAAAGAUGAACCAAUAAAGGCAUCAGGAACCCGUCUGAGCCGGUGUUCCCUCUAAGCUGACCGGUUUGUUGACAUACAGAACAUCAAGCAGGCUACUUCAGCACAGUGAGUGAGUGGGUUAUGUCAGUAAUCUGUCGUUGGUCCAGAUUCUCUCCGGAAAUUCAGCCUGCUCGUGCACGCUGGACUCAACACUAGGACGUUGACACGCCUGCUGCACCAUGGCGCUCUCUUCACACACACACACACACACCACCAUCUGUAAACAGUAGAUGCGUGCCUACGGUUGCCAUUUGACCCGCAUUGUUAUGGGUGACAGUGACAGUGGUAGUCCCCGGCCCAGCUGCGAGCAGCAGGCCGACCUAAUGCUGUUAUAUAAUGCAGAAUGAGGCUCUGAUCAGUUGCAUAAGCCAGUUAUGGCCUGUUGUGGUUUGGUAUUCUGGGCCCUGCCCUGGGGGACCUUCACUAUCAUCACCAUCACCGUCUUCAAAAGCAAUCGCACCCCACCUCCUUGGAGGGUUCGAAGCACCUGGCAACCAGGAAGAAAAACAAGCAAAAUGGAGCCCUGAAGGUUUUUAACGGGCAGCCCCAGUGGUCUUCAUUAAACGGCUGCAUGGUGUUGGAUGUGUGUGAGGACAAAAUGAUGUCAGGAUUGCACAUUCCUGGAAUAUGAUGUGGGUGUGAUUAGAUUGAGAAGGAAAUAUUUUACAUUGUAAAUUCAAAUCAAUAAAAUAAAUCCUAAAAUCAAA